AUGUUGACGUCUAUCCGCAACCAAGGAUUGAGGAACAGCUUCCGCAGACUAGCCACUACACCUACGACUCUCACAAUGGCCCGAGGAAAGCACACUUUGCCGCAAGGCUACGUCGAGGACGCCUCCAAGGGUGCCAUGCUGCGAUUCCAAGACUCGCUGCCCCGCCUGCCCGUCCCGACGCUCGAGGAGACGGCCAGCAGAUACCUCAAGAGCCUGCGCCCACUGCUGACCCCCGCCGAGCUCAAGAACACCGAGGCCGCCGUCCAGGAGUUUGUCCAGCCCGGCGGCGUCGGCAGCAAGCUGCAGGAGAAGCUGCAGGCCAAGGCCGCCGACUCCAAGACCAAGAACUGGAUCUAUGAGUGGUGGAACGAUGCCGCCUACCUCACCUACCGCGACCCCGUCGUGCCCUACGUGAGCUACUUCUACUCGCACCGCGACGACCGCAAGCGUCGCGACCCCGCCAAGCGCGCCGCCGCCAUCUCCUCGGCCGUCCUCGAGUUCAAGAAGAUGGUCGACGAGGGCUCCCUCGAGCCCGAGUACAUGAAGAAGCUGCCUAUCUGCAUGGACAGCUACAAGUGGAUGUUCAACUGCUCCCGCGUCGCCGCCAAGCCCGCCGAUUACCCGCAAAAGUACUCGGCUGACGCCAACAAGCACAUCCUCGUCAUCCGCAAGAACCAGUUCUUCAAGGUCCUCCACGAGGUCAACGGCAAGCAGCUCAACCCCUCGGAGCUCGAGCAGCAGUUCCGCCGCGUCUACGAGACGGCCCAGUACGUCGCCCCCGUCGGCGCCCUGACCUCGGAGAACCGCGACGUCUGGACCGACGCCCGCGCCGUCCUCCUCGACGCCAGCCCCAAGAAUAAGGCCGUCCUCGAGGCCAUCGAGGGCUCGUCCUUUGUCGUCUGCCUCGACGACGCCGCCCCUGUCACCCUCGAGGAGCGCGCGCACGCCUACUGGCACGGCGACGGCGCCAACCGCUGGUACGACAAGCCCCUCCAGUUCAUCGUCAACGACAACGGCACCUCGGGCUUCAUGGGCGAGCACUCCAUGAUGGACGGCACCCCGACCCACCGCCUCAACGACUACGUCGGCGACCUCAUCUUCAACAACAAGCUCGACCUCUCCGAGGCUCCCGUCCGCUCCGACCUGCCCGAACCCCAGGUUCUCCGCUUCGAGGUCACCCAGGCCGUCCAGGCCGAGAUUGACCGCGCCGUCGCCGACUUCAAGCGCGUCAUCGGCGAGCACCAGCUUGCCGUCCAGGCCUACCAGGGCUACGGCAAGGGCCUCAUCAAGAAGUUCAAGUGCUCCCCGGACGCCUACGUCCAGAUGCUCAUUCAGCUCGCCUACUUUAAGAUGUACGGCAAGAACCGCCCCACGUACGAGUCGGCCGCGACGCGCCGCUUCCAGCUCGGCCGCACCGAGACGUGCCGCACCCUCUCCGAGGAAUCGUCCAACUGGUGCAAGGCCAUGGCCGACGCCUCGGUCGACGACAAGACCCGGGUCGAGCUCUUCCACAAGGCCAUCAAGGGCCACCUCGAGUACAUCACCGCCGCCUCGGACGGCAAGGGCGUCGACCGCCACCUCUUUGGCCUCAAGAAGCUGCUCGAGCCCGGUCAGGAGGUCCCCGCCAUCUACAAGGAUGCUGCUUUCGCCUACUCGAGCUCUUGGUACAUUUCCUCCUCGCAGCUGAGCUCCGAGUACUUCAACGGCUACGGAUGGAGCCAGGUCAUUGAUGGAGGAUUCGGCAUCGCCUACAUGAUCAACGAGGACAGCAUCAACUUCAACGUCGUCUCCAAGGGCCUCGGCAGCGACCGCAUGAGCUACUACCUCAACGAGGCCGCCGGCGACAUGCGCGAGCUCCUCGUCCCCACCCUCGAGGCUCCCAAGGCCAAGCUGUAA